AUGGAGACUGAAGAACAGCUUUCUGUUGAUCCUUUUAGAGUCAAAUUUGGUGGUCGUGCUGGCGAGGUCCUAUCUUCAGGUGGACCCUCAGGGUACAAUAGCUACGAGCAAGAGUUGUUACACACAUCAAAUAGCAGUGAGCCGGAGAAUGUAUGGGCCCCUUUCACAUCACAGAUAGACUGGGAGAUCGCAAAGUGGGCGAAGCUGAGAGGACCAAGCUCCACUGCAUUUUCAGAGCUUUUAGCCAUUGAUGGGGUUUCAGAUGCUCUUGGUUUGUCGUACAAGAAUACAAGGGAGCUCAACCGCAUUGUUGAUGAGCAGCUCCCUGGCCGCCCAAGGUUCAAGCAUGAGCAGGUUGUCAUCGACAAUCAGGCUUUUGACUUGUUUUCACGAGACAUCAUUCAAUGCAUCAAGGACUUAUGGGGAAAUCCAGAGUUUGCAUCUAUCUUGGUAUUUCAGCCAGAGAAACACUAUACCGAUGAUACUCGUACAACACAAUUAUAUCAUGACAUGCACACAGGACAGUGGUGGUGGAAUACACAGGAACAGGUUGAAAAUGACAACCCAGGAGCUACAAUUGUUCCAAUCAUCAUCAGCUCAGACAAAACCCAGCUGACCCUCUUCCGUAACAAAUCAGCCUAUCCGGUAUAUCUGACUAUUGGGAACCUACCAAAGGCGACACGUACCAAACCAUCACGUCAGGGCCAGGUACUGUUGGCAUAUCUACCCGUUACCCGGCUUGAACACAUGCCAAAUAAGGCUGCUCGCCGACGAGCGCUUGCAAAUCUAUUCCAUGGCUGUUUGGCUCAUAUUCUAGAACCUUUGACACAAGCUGGCAUCCAUGGGAUAGCAAUGACCACCGGAGAUGGGACCACCUACCGUUGUCAUCCAAUCUUCGCAUGUUUCGUUGGUGACUAUCCUGAGCAGAUGCUGACUGUCUGCUGCAAGUAUGGCGAAUGUCCAGGCUGUGACAUCCCUCACAGUGAACUUGGAUGUGGUGAACUUGGUGGAGACCGUGAUAUCAAUAGGAUCCUCGAUGCUCUGGAACUGGCAGAACAAGGUGGCCCUGAAUUCACUCAGGCAUGCCAAGAAGCUGGUAUCAAGCCUAUCUAUCAUCCAUUCUGGCAGGAACUUCCCUACGUAUACAUCUUCGAGUCUAUUGUUCCUGAUGUCUUGCAUCAGCUUCUGCAAGGUAUACUCAAGCACAUCCUUGCUUGGAUUAAAACUGCCUAUAGCUCUGAGGAGCUCGAUGCCCGGUGCCGACGAAUGCCUGCAAGCCAUGGAAUGCGUCUUUUUACACAGGGCAUAUCAACUCUGAACCGUAUCUCAGGAUCUGAACAUCGGCAAAUAUGCAGCAUCAUUCUUGGGCUUAUUGUUGACCUCCCCCUUCCACACCAUAUGAGCCCAUCACGUCUCAUACGCGCGGUGCGCAGUAUCCUUGACUUCUUGUAUCUGGCACAAUAUCCCUGUCACUCAACACAUACUCUUGAUGCACUAGAUGAUGCAUUGAACCGCUUUCAUGCCAACAAGUCAAUUUUUGUGGAUCUUGGUAUUCGCACACACUUCAACUUCCCCAAGUUACAUUUUGCAUCUCACUACCGCUCUCUCAUCGAACGCUUUGGGACCACCGACAACACCAACACUGAAACAACAGAAAGACUGCACAUUGACUUAACAAAAGAUGCAUAUCGUGCUACAAACAAGAAGGAUGUCUAUCCACAGAUGACCAUAUGGUUGGAGCGGAAGGAGAAGAUACUCCAUCAUGCAUCUUUUAUUCAGUGGCGGUUGUCAGGAACUUCAGUCACUCAGGCACAGGUUCACACAACACAUCUUCCACGUAUACAUCUCACAAAAAACCCAUCAAAGACCUCCGUACCUUUCUCUGACCUGGAGAACAACUACCGUGCACCCAACUUUCUACGUCAUCUGCAGCGGUAUGUUGCUAUUACCAACAAGCCUGAGCUCACAGCUGCGCAAUCAUAUGAUGCUGCAUUUGAACAACACAUCCCAUUUGUCAAGGUUCCGGUCUACCAUAGCAUCAAGUUCACAUAUCCUGAUCCACACUUAUACUCUGAAAUCUGCAAUAUCGAGGAUACAUUGCAUGCAAACCCAGCAAGAAGCGAUGUAGCUUUGAUAAAAAUCAAGGAUGAAUGUGGUCCAGGAGUGAAUGGUUAUCGUGCUGCACAGAUUAGGGUUAUUUUCAAGAUCCCACAGAAACACAAAGCUUCACUCUUCAUGCAUGAUGCUUCUUUGGAAUCAGAUUAUCUGGCUUAUAUCGAAUGGUUCUCACCAUUCCGCUCUCCACAUCCUGAUCACAAGAUGUACCGAUUAUCACGUUCACUGGAAUGGGAGGGGACAGAAUGGGAGGAAAGGCAUGCAGAAGUCAUUCCUCUGAGCCGGUUAUAUCAGGUUGUGCAUUUGAUCCCCAAAUUUGGUCCACAGGCACCACGUGAAUGGACCUCAUCAAGCUCUAUAGAACAUGCUCCUUUCUUCUAUGUGAACUGUUUCAGGAAUGCACAUGCCUAUAAGACCCUCUUCUGA